AGGCGGGGCACCUGGGCGAGGAGCGGCCCCGAGCGCCGGAGUCGCUGCCGCCGCCGCCGCCGGGCGCCUGGCGCUCCCCUCUUCAGUGGGGCGCUGGGUGCAGCAGCCGCCAGCGGAACAUGGCGCCGUGGACAUUCUGGCGCUGUUGCCAGCGCAGCGUGGGUUGGGUGCCGGUGCUCUUCAUCACCUUCGUGGUCGUCUGGUCCUACUACGCGUACGUGGUGGAGCUGUGCGUGUUUACCCUCUCUGGAAAUGGAGAAAAUGGAAAGGCCGUUGUUUACCUUGUGGCUUUCCAUCUGUUCUUUGUUAUGUUUGUAUGGUCCUAUUGGAUGACAAUUUUCACAUCUCCCGCUUCCCCUUCCAAAGAGUUCUACUUGUCUAAUUCUGAAAAGGAACGUUAUGAAAAGGAAUUCAGCCAAGAAAGACAACAAGAAAUUUUGAGAAGAGCAGCAAGGGAUUUGCCUAUCUACACCACAUCAGCUUCAAGGACCAUCAGAUACUGUGAAAGAUGUCAGUUGAUCAAACCUGACCGGGCACAUCACUGCUCAGCAUGUGACGUAUGUGUUCUUAAGAUGGAUCAUCACUGUCCUUGGGUGAAUAACUGUGUGGGAUUUUCUAAUUACAAAUUCUUCCUGCUCUUUUUAUUGUAUUCCUUGUUAUAUUGCCUUUUUGUGGCUACAACAGUUUUACAGUACUUUAUAAAAUUUUGGACGAAUGAACUCUCUGAUACACGUGCAAAGUUCCACGUACUUUUCCUUUUCUUCGUGUCUACAAUGUUCUUCAUCAGCGUCCUAUCACUUUUCAGCUACCACUGCUGGCUAGUUGGAAAAAACAGAACAACAAUAGAAUCAUUCCGCUCCGCCACAUUUUCAUAUGGACCUGAUGGAAAUGGUUUUUCUCUUGGAUGCAGUAAAAAUUGGAGACAAGUCUUUGGUGAUGAAAAGAAAUACUGGCUACUUCCAAUAUUUUCGAGCUUGGGUGAUGGUUGCAGUUUUCCUACUCGCCUUGUGGGGAUGGAUCCAGAACAAGCUUCUGUUACAAAUCAAAAUGAAUAUCCUAGAAGUAUUGGCUCAAAUCAACCCUUUCCUAUCAAACCACUUAGUGAAUCAAAAAACCGAUUGUUGGACAGUGAAUCUCAAUGGAUAGAGAAUGGAUCUGAAGAAGGCACUGUCAGAUCAGGGACAAAUAACCAUGUUACAGUGGCAAUAGAAAAUUGAGUACCACUUGUUCAUAACUAACCAUUUGAAUAAGAGCAAGGUUUAUAAAAACAUACUAUGGACUGAUAUUUUCAGUUUUAUUUGCAAGAAAAUGAUCAAUGGAAUGAAAUAACUGAAGUAUAAGAGAAGAUAUAUUUUUUAAAAAGGAAGCCUUUGUACAGAUCGCCGGAUCCACAGAAGCACUACCCCAGCGCAGAAAGAUGCCUUAAUCUUAAAUACACCCAUUUGUGCUACAUCAACUUACUGCUACAAAAGUGACUUAAUUUUACUCUGGAAAUAACACCCACCUGUUAUGAGAUGCUACACUAUGAGCUAUCAAGUCACAUGUUAACAGAGUAUAUGUAUUUUUUUGACAUCUGAGUUACAUAAUUAAGAGUUGUUUCUUAGUAUCCAUAUAAAGUUUCACUCUUGAAACACAAGCUGAAAAGUUAUCUUAAGUACAUGUAAGGCAGUAUAGUGGCUGAAGGUGAAUAAUAAUAUCUAUUUACUGUUGCUUAUACUGUGUAAGGAAAAGAAAAUAACUUUUUUUAUUGGGUGUUGCUGAUUUAUAAUUACUGUUUUAUACUUUUCAACAUUUAUAAUAAAGUUUUUUAUUGUUGGCUAUAAGAUAACACUCAGAAAGAUUCAGAUAUCUAAAUAUAAUUAUUUAAAACAUGGAGCACAUUUGUAUGAUUCAUUGAUGGCUUAGUUCUAAGCAUUAAUAUAACCAUGUAUUGUAGUGUUGUGCCCGAGGCUUAAAGGAAACUUGGCAGUAUAGGAAACAUUUUUGGUUCUUGCUGCAUUUAAAUUACUUUUCUGUUGAACUUUAAUGGGUAUUUUUUUUUGGUCAGGGAGUCACAAAGGCACAUGUGCUAUAGAAAUAUUGGACACAGAAUAGUGGCAGUGGCUA